AUGACUUCACCUCUGGAUGAAGGAGUGAUUGAGGGCCAGGUGUCGCCAGAGCCAGAUCUACAGGAUGACAAACUCCUGUGCCAACACCGCCAUGCCACAUUCAUGAGAAUGACUAAGGAGGCGGUGCGCGGUCAGCCCUUCGCCGACGUCCUGUCGCUCAGCGACGGGCCCCCGGGCGCGGGCAGCGGCGUGCCCUACUUCUACCUGAGCCCUUUGCAGCAGUCGGUGGGCAACCUGCAGGUGAGCAUGCGGGCACCGCGCCGCGGGCCAGCCUGUCCACUGUCGCCUGCACGCGCCCAGGGGCGACAGCGGGCUCACGCCGGCCCGUGCGCCCCCGCGCCGGCCGGGCGGGCACUGCUGCGCCCUGGUCGUGGGUCUGCUGACCACCACCCAGGAGUUUCACACGCGCCCCGCAACGGGGCGACGCUGGGGAGACUUCUUUGCCAUCUUCCCCGAGGCGUCUUGGGCCACUAUGUGUCAGUGAACGAGACAGAAAGGGACAUCGCGAAACGUUCGUUAUUCAUCCGACACCCUGAGAUGGAAACCUGGCCCUCCGGCCAUAAUUGGUUCUUUGCUAAGUUGAAUAUAACCAAUAUCUGGCUCCUGGACUACUUCGGGGGACCGAAGAUCGUGACGCCCGAAGAAUAUUAUAAUGUCACGUUUCAGUAAGUCCUUAUUUGUACAUCGUCUACCUUCCUUCGCAGGCCUCACCAGUGGUCCUUCACCCGGAGGACCUUAGCCAUUUCCCGUGCCACGGACCCCUUUGGCAAGCUGGUAAAGCCUGCGACCACCCUCGAGUGAGUCUAACUUUACUUUCUGAGUGCCGAGGACCGAAAACAAUAUUUUAAGACAUCGGUACCAGCUCCAACACGAUGUGGAAGUGUCUCCAGUCUCCGUAUUUCUGCUGGUGACGGUCACAGAUACGCUGUCACCAUGUGGUUUACUGCCUGCUUCCAUCAUGGAAGGAAAUGGUAGAUUUCAGUUAGAACUUAAUGAAAAUGAAAACUUUUUUUUCCAUCCGAGUUCACAAACCGCCCUGAACUUUACAGGUCGAGACCCCGUUUUAAGGCUGUGCUUGUGGGGGGUCUGGACAGAGCUCCGUUCUGACCCGAGACGGCGUUUUCUCAUGAGUGUCCCAGACUUGGGCACUUCUGAACUGUGGUGCAUCGACACCCGGGUCUGAGCACGUGACCCUGUCCCCAGCAGCACUGAGUCCUGUGAGCGUCACCCGGGUCUGAGCACGUCACUCCGGCCCCCAGCUUGCCAGUUCCAUAGCCCUCACCAUGCUCCCAGCCAGGGCCUCACACCGCCCCCCGGCCACCUCCCCGGGGGCGGGCCGGCUCCUGCUCCAGCGCUGGCCACGGCGCACCUUCUGCUUGUACGGACGACCGCUGUUUGCUGAGGUGGGCUGAGGAGGCUGAGCUGGGCCUGCGGGUCGGAGCUCAGGGCUGGCUCUUGUUCCGGUGCUCAGGGUUGGCUCUCGUUCCGGCAUGCCCGUCUGUGUCACAUCCUACCACGGAGUGUCCCCACUGUGAUCACCGAUGGCUUCGCAGCCAAGCUCAGGUUUUCGUCUUAUUGUCUCUCCCAAGCAGCCCGGGACAGUGCGGGGUGCAGGGCGGGUGUUUGUAAAUACUGGCUCCUCGCCAGGCUGAUCAUUUGGGGUGAAGACUGUCAGCUUCUUGUGUGAAUAAAGAAUUCAGCCGUCGCAGUGUUUAUUUUCCUGCUCUGCAUUCAGCAGCGGCACAGGCCAGUGACUCUCUUGGGGCUGGUGAAGCCAUCUCACUUUGUAGGGACAUAGAGGCGGCAAUUACAACACGAUGACCAGGCGACAAGCUAUCAAGGAGGACGACAGGCCCGCUCUUCAAGGCCAAAGUUGGCUUUUCUAGGCCAUAACAAUCUCUGAAUCAGUUAUCUUUGUAUAAGUGACAUGCCCAAGGGUGAUGCUUGCUUGAAUAACAAAAUUAAGAUGUGCUUUCCUGUAAGGCUCCACGCUGCAUAAGUGGGGAAGAUAAAUUUGAGCUUCCACAUUAUCACACAGACAGUGAGCCUUUUCUGUGGCUCAGAGAUCAGAGGCAGCACUUUCUCCUCGUCCCUUUGACAGGAGGACAAAGACUAGAACAGGCGGCAGCCGCUCCCGAGGCGGGACACCAGAAACCGAAGAAUGGGCAUUGGCUCCAAGCUGACCUAUGUGCGUAGGUCGUCUUAUUAACGGUCCAUCUCAGUGUCCCAGAGUGGCCCCACCACCAUGCUGCCCACCUGGAUCACCACUGGCUGCUCAGUAUCCUGGGGGCUUGCACAUUUUUGGGGAGCCGUUCCCAAGGGCCUCACAGGCAAGCCGAGGCCGCCCCAGAUGGCAGCCACCUUGGCCGGCUUGGAAGGUGUUAUUUCUCCAAAUACCAUAAAGCCGUCUGCAUCCUGGACUCUGCCGUGCUCAGAUGGUGUCUGCACACAGGCUGCCAGGUACGGCCAAGGAGGGGCCCACCUGAUUACGGUUGGCCUUGCUGGACUGUUGGGUCGAGACCCCACGAAGGGGGACAUAAUGGGAGGUUUAAGUGUGUACAGAAGCCUUUGCUGACACCUGAGUAAGCAGUUCUCAUGAGGAUAAGCCUCUCACGGUUGGGUCUGCGCAGCGGGCUGGCCGCACCAGCCUCACGUCCCCUCCUCUGCUGUGCCCACGUGUCCCUGGCAAGGACAGAAGUAGGAGAGGUCUGUGUCAUAGACCCGCUUGGUCUCCCUUACCUGGAGAUGGAUCUCCUGGGAGCCGUGGUCAAGGCUGCAACAGGAAAAUGGGUCAAGGUUACCGCCUUCCCCGCCCCAUCCCCGACCGGACUUGGUGUCAUGGGGCGCUGGCCGAUUACUGCUCUUUCGCCCUAAUGUUCGGGACCCCUUCCGUUCUCUGCCGUUUUUAGCUUUUAAACCUUCAAAUAUUCUUGGGUGAGCGAACCAUACGGCCUGAUUACUGCUGCGUCCUGGUGCGUUUACUGGCAGGCGUGGGCGUCACCUGGGGACAGGCGGUGCUGGCUCACGCGAAGGCCCCCAGGCCGUGGAUAGCAGGACUCGAGAAUCUCAGACGAGCCUCCAGCACACGUGCGUGGCUGAAAUGACUCAAAAUCUUAAACCGUUAGAGCUGAAGUGUCUCUAGUCCUUCCCUAGAAUGAAUCAACUUUUUACAUUUGUUAACUCAGUUAAUGAAA